CAGAUUAGCGUUAGCCAAUACCUGCCUCAUCUCUCUCCCUCAGUACCCUAAACUCAUUUGUGACUCUUUCUCUGUGUUUCUCGAUAGCAACGAGCAGGUUCAAUCGGAGGUGGAAUUGGAGAUGUCGAGCGCGGUGGAUGCGACGGGGAACCCGAUCCCAACAUCUUCGGUGUUGAUGUCAGCGUCGAAGCACAUAGGGGUUAGGUGCAUGCCGGAGAAUGUGGCUUUCCUCAAGUGCAAGCAGAAGGAUCAAAACCCUGAGAAGUGCCUUGACAAAGGCCAGCAAGUUACUCGAUGCGUCCUUGGCCUGCUGAAAGAUCUUCAUGAGAAGUGUACUAAGGAGAUGGAUGCAUAUGUUGGUUGCAUGUAUUAUCAUACGAAUGAAUUCGACUUGUGUCGCAAAGAGCAGCAAGAGUUUGAGAAAACAUGCCCUUUGGAGUGAUUGGCGAGCAAUACAUGUAACUCCAUCUCAAGGAAUAAUAGAGGCCAUUUUGCCUAGAGCUUGUAUUUCAGUAUGAAACGCCGCUGUUUUGUGUGGUUCAGAUUUUUGGUAUUCUUACCAUUAGUUCCUUGUAAUCAAGGAUGCGUUGUUCCGAACUCUUGAAAAUAAUCAUUGGGUCUACUUCCUGUCGCUGACAGCAUGUUUACACA